ACCCACAAAAAUCUGGAAAGGAAAGAGCAAGAAUUAGAGCAACUGUAAAUGGAUUGUGAGCCCUUCAAAGCCCGCCUGGAGUCUGUGCAAGAGGACAGCGUGCGAGAGAAGGACAAGCUGGCUCUCCGACAGCAGUGGAAUGAAGCAAAGCAGCAGCUCCUGCAGCAGGCAGAGUGUUGCACAGAAAUGGGUGCGGCAGCCUGUACCAUUUUGUGGGGCGUCUCCAGCAGCGAGGAAGUGGUCAAAGCCAUCCUAGGAAGAGAUAAAGCUUUGAAGUUUUUCAACAUCAUUGGUCAAACAAUGCAGAGUUUUGUGAAGUCCCUGGAUGGGGUCGUCAAGGAGCUGGAUUCUGAUGAAAAUCAGUUUGUUUUUGCUUUUGCUGGAAUCGUAACGAAAGUUGCUGCCAUCGCUUAUGGUGGUGAAUUCCUGGUUAACUCAAGUCGGGUCCUCCUGAACACCAUACUGCAGCUUCUGGGAGACCUGAGGUCCGGGCAGUGUACCAGACUCAAACUGUGAAUGCUGAUGUCUCUACAACGUGAGCAUCAAUUUGAAAGGCUUGAAGUACAUUAGCCAGAGUCCAGGAUUCAUCCCUUUGUUGUCGUGGCUUUUGAGUGAUCCGGAUGCAGAGUUGUGUCAUCAUGUGCCAAGACUCAUCCAGUCUGUGGUUCUGGAACCAGAAGUCUGCUCCAAGUCGGCCUCGGAGCUUCGGAGCUCCCUGCCCCUGCAGCGCAUCCUGGCCGGGUCCAAGAGCCGAAACCCCCGCCUGCAGACCGUGGCCCAGGAGCUCUGAGAGGACCUCCGGGCUCUGGAGCGCGAUG